AAAGCCAGAAGUGAAGCUACGGCUCAAUUGGUAGAGUUCCAGUCUUGAGUGGAAAAAGCCAUGUGAGAGCACAAGGCCCUGAAAGGCACAUCUUAUUAACAAAUAAGCCAAGCCUGGUGGUUACCAACUAACGUGUAGCAGACAAACACAGUGAGAAUUUAGCCCUGCCCUCAGCAUGCCUAAUGCCUGGAGAGAAACUUCAAAGACAAUAGGUCACAACUAACCUGAGCCUAGUGUGAACAUCUGGCAUAUAGCAACUGACUUUGUGCAGGAUUUGGGAUGAGAGAGACACUCAGCAGAACAAUGGACAGUUCCUCAUUUUGGUCCAGAUACUCACUUGGCACCUUUUCAGAUGUUUUUGCUCUCUUGUUUGAUAAAUUGGGCACACAUGGCAGUUCUCAGGCAGUUGGAAAGGUUGUCUUUGUGGGAUAGGGUUAAGUGGAUAGUUAGAGUUGGUUGGCAGUGAGUCAUAAAGAAGCUUUUUGAACUUAAUUUAAACAAUAAAGGGUCCUUGAUUUGUCUUGAUAAUAAAAUAUGCAUAAAAUGCAGGAAAGGGUCAGGAGACUCAGCAAUUUUUGGCACAGAAGGGAAUGACUGGGAUUUUAGUAAGACUCGUUUUUUUAUUUACAGUGCUGAGGAUUGGAUCCAGAACUAUAACGAUGCUAGACCAUACUCUACCACUGAACAACAUGACUGACUUAGUAAGAAUAAGUACUUAAAAGGUUGCUGCAACUAUUGGAAGACUUUGAGGAGACUGAGUAAGAUAAAUGUUUUCUCCACUUUUAACUGGUGAAGAAUGGGGGAGAUAGAAGGAACAUACAGAGUCCUGCAGACUGCAGGCACACGAUUGGGUGGCCAGACCCCUGUGGGCGUGAGUACCCUGGAGCCGGGGCAGGCACUCUCACCCAGAAUGCAGGAGAAGUACCUGCACAUCCGCGUGAAGCUUCUGGACAAUACCAUGGAAAUGUUUGACGUUGAGCCUAAAUGUGAUGGCCAGAAUUUACUCACACAAGUGUGGAAACAUUUGAAUCUGAUCGAAUGUGACUACUUCGGACUGGAGUUUCAAAACAUUCAGUCCUACUGGAUUUGGCUUGAACCCAUGAAACCCAUCAUUAGACAAAUACGAAGACCAAAGAACACAGUGCUUCGUCUGGCUGUAAAAUUUUUCCCACCUGAUCCUGGACAAUUGCAAGAAGAAUAUACAAGGUAUUUGUUUGCCUUGCAACUCAGGAGGGAUCUCCUGGAGGAGCGCUUGACGUGCACUGCCACCACUGCAGCUCUCCUCACGUCCCAUCUUCUGCAGUCUGAAAUAGGAGAUUAUGAUGAAACUCUGGAUAGAGAACACCUCAAAACCAACAAGUACUUGCCUGCCCAGGAGCACCUUUUGGAAAAGAUACUAGACUUCCAUCGGGGGCACACGGGCCAGACUCCUGCUGAGUCAGAUUUCCAGGUAUUGGAGAUUGCAAGAAAGCUGGAAAUGUAUGGCAUCAGGUUUCACACAGCUUCUGACCGGGAAGGGACCAAGAUCAACCUGGCAGUCUCUCACAUGGGUGUACUCGUAUUCCAGGGAACCACCAAAAUAAACACCUUCAACUGGUCCAAGGUCCGUAAACUAAGCUUCAAGAGGAAAAGAUUUCUCAUCAAACUCCACCCGGAGGGACCCUACCAGGACACAUUGGAAUUCUUGUUGGGUAGUAGAGACGAGUGUAAGAACUUCUGGAAGAUUUGUGUGGAAUACCACACCUUUUUUAGACUUUUUGACCAGCCUAAGCCAAAGGGAAAAGCUGUCUUCUUCAGCCGAGGUUCCUCCUUCAGAUACAGUGGAAGAACUCAGAAACAAUUAGUGGACUAUGUCAAAGAUGGUGGGAUGAAGAGAACUCCAUAUGAAAGGCGGCACAGCAAGACUCGAACAUCUUUCCAUGCUCUGACUGCAGACUUACCCAAACAGAGCAUGUCAUUCACCGAGGGCUUGAGGACUUCGGCCUCCCUGUCUUCAGCAAAUGCCUCCUUUUACCUGCUCUCCACCUCCCCUUUGGCUCCUCCUGGUCUGCCCAACUUCAAAGACAGCAGCUGCUCCCUUGCAGAUCCCCAAGCUCCCUACAUCAAGAGUGCAGCAGCAGAGAGGAGCAGAGGAACAGUGGCUGAUGGCCCCAGCACUCAGUCGGCCUUCCUCCCUGGGCCCCCUGCACUCCAGCCUGGUCCAGGCCUUUCCAUGGAUAGUCCUCGGCCUUCUCCCUCAAGCCAGAAGAGCCUGCUGAGCCUGAGCCCCGCACUCCACAUGGGUCUGGGCCCAGCUGAUCAGGCCCUGUCCCCUGUUCUGAGCCCUGUCCUUAGCAAUGCUGGAAUGAGGAUGGAUGACCAAGAGGAGCUGAAACACAAGCGUAUGCCAGAAGAUGAAGCCUAUUUCAUAGCAAAGGAGAUCCUCGCAACAGAACGAACAUACCUGAAGGAUUUAGAAGUCAUUACUGUGUGGUUCCGCAGUGCGGUGGUCAAGGAGGAUGCCAUGCCUGCAGCCCUCAUGACCCUGCUGUUCUCCAACAUCGAUCCCAUCUACGAGUUCCACAGAGGCUUUCUCCGCGAGGUGGAACAGAGGCUGGCACACUGGGAAGGGCCCACCAGUGCCCAUAUGAAAGGUGAUCACCAACGAAUUGGGGACAUCCUGCUCAGAAACAUGCGUCAGCUAAAGGAGUUCACCAGCUACUUCCAAAGACAUGAUGAAGUCCUGACGGAACUGGAAAAGGCCUCCAAGGGCUGCCGGAAACUAGAGGCCGUGUACAGAGAGUUUGAGCUCCAGAAGGUCUGCUACCUGCCUCUCAACACGUUCCUGCUGAAGCCUGUUCAGCGGCUGGUGUACUACCGCCUGCUGCUUAGCCGGCUGUGCGCGCACUACCCACCUGGGCACCGAGACCUCCCCGAUUGCCGUGAUGCCCUAACAGCCAUCACAGAGGUGACCACUACGCUCCAGCAAAGCCUCACCCGCAUGGAGCACCUGCAGAAGCUGACAGAGCUGCAGCGGGACCUGGUGGGCAUAGACAACCUCAUUGCUCCUGGUAGGGAGUUCAUCCGUGAAGGCUGCCUCCACAAGCUCACCAAGAAGGGCCUGCAGCAGAGGAUGUUCUUUCUGCUCUCAGACAUGUUGCUGUACACAAGCAAAGGUGUCACAGGGACCGGCCACUUCCGGAUUCGAGGCCUCCUUCCGCUCCGAGGCAUGCUGGUAGAAGAAAGUGAGAACGAGUGGUCUGUUCCUCAUUGCUUCACCAUCUACGCAGCUCAGAAAACAAUUGUGGUGGCAGCAAGCACCCAACUAGAAAAAGAGAAGUGGACGCUAGACCUGAGCACGGCCAUCCAGGCAGCCAAGAGUGGCUGCAACCCAUCACCAGAACUGCCAGGAGGCCCCACGUGCACGCGUACCCUCAGAUCCUCCGACGAGAUCUCUCUGGAGCAGGAGUCAGAAGAGGAUGCCCUGGGCACCCAAGAGUCCCUGGAGGGGCCAGGCCAGCACCGGGCCAACACCACAAUGCACGUGUGCUGGUACAGGAACACAAGUGUGUCUAGGGCAGACCACAGUGCAGCUGUUGAGAACCAACUUUCAGGGUAUCUGCUGAGAAAGUUCAAGAACAGCAAUGGCUGGCAGAAGCUCUGGGUAGUCUUCACCAACUUCUGCUUGUUCUUCUACAAAACUCAUCAGGAUGACUACCCUCUUGCCAGCCUCCCACUGCUGGGUUACAGUGUGAGCACCCCCAAAGAAGCAGACAGCAUCCACAAAGACUACGUUUUCAAGCUUCAGUUCAAGUCUCAUGUCUACUUCUUCCGAGCUGAGAGCAAGUACACGUUUGAGAGGUGGAUGGAGGUGAUCGCAAGGGCCAGCAGCUCGCCUGGAAGGCCCCUGAGCUUCAUGCAGGACUGCCUGUGUCCGUCCCCAGGACUGGAGGGGACAGUCAGAGAAAAAGAGGAGUGAUACUCUUACCAAGGAGGGCUGCGGAGCGUGGAGUCUUCCUGCCAGAUGGGAGGGGACACCAGCAGCAGCCAGGGCCCUGUGGUGAUCUCUAAGAGGAGCUUUGCCCCGCUUAAGAGAGUGCAGGCCUAUGGAUGGCCUGGGACACUAGGACACAGCUCAACCUUAGAGGCACCCCCCCAGCCCCACCCCCACCCCCACAAGGAGCAAAGAAGCUCCUGGCUCAUGACGCAGAACUGACCUAACAGUCGUUCCCGCUC